AUGAUCAAUGUGAUUAUCAGUCAUGAACCCAGCAAGACAGAAUUCCUAGUCACUCUACUUUAUGGUUCUGUAUACCAUGAAGAGAGAAUGCAACAAUGGGAAUACAUAGGUGAAAUUGGAUCUAGAUCCAAUCUUCCAUGGGAUAUCGUAGGUGAUCUUAAUAUUACCAUGCAUACCCAUGAAAUAUCAACUAUCACAUCUCCAACUACUAUUGACUUUCCAAUUAUUCAACAAGUUAUUGAUAAUGCUGAUUUAUCUGACCGAUAUAUUGGUACUCAAUAUACUUGGAAUAAUAGGCAAAGUGGAGAUAAUUUUAUUGGUGCUAGACUUGAUAGGGCUUCGGGUAAUGGUCUCUGGUUACAACAUUACGGGCUUGCAAAAGUAGUCCAUAUUGACACCAUAGGCAGUGACCACAUACCCAUUAUCCUGGAGACUUCUCCCAUGUCUCAUCAGAGUAGUAAGCCAUAUAGAUACUUCAGAUUCUGGAGUAAGGACCCAUCUGUUAGAGAUGUAAUUAAAAAUGCAUACUCUAAAUAUGUCAGGGGUUCUCCUCCAUAUCAGCUCACACAUAGACUGAGAUUUGUUAAACAUGAUCUUAGAAUUUGGAAUAUCCAUCAUUUUGGCAAUAUUGACCAAAAAGUGAAAACUCUAAGUGGUGAGCUCAAUAAUCUGAAUAAUUUACCCUAUACUACUCAGAACUUAGAGCACAUCAAACAAGUUGAAUUGGACUUAAAUCACUGGCAAAAAGUUCAAGAGGAAUUUUAUGCCCAAAAGUCCAGACAAGAGUUUUUUAAAUCUUUUGAUAAGAAUACUGGUUACUACCAUAACUCUGUCAAUAGACGAAAGCACUAUAAUCACAAUAGUGCUUUAAAGAUGGAUAAUGGUCAAUGGAUCAUUAAUAGAGAUAAUCUUGAGAAUCUGUUGGUUAGUCAUUUUAGUUCCAUAGGUUCCACAACAAAUCCUUAUAGGAACAAUGAGUUUCUCAACUGCAUUGACCCCUGCAUCUCUCAAGAUGAUAAUAUAAACCUUUUUAGACCUAUUACUCAGCAAGAGAUUGGGGAUACAAUAAACCAAAUGAAAGCCUGGACGGAUCCAUGGCCGGAUGGUUUUCCUCCUGGGUUUUAUAAAGAAAAUAUUGAUCUUUUCGUAACUGAUGUCUGGAAAACAGUUCAAAACUUUUUCAAUUCCAAACAUUUAUUAAAAUAG